AUGGCUGGCCGCAACUUUUUUUCCCUUGAUUUUUUUCUCUGGCAAUGUGACUUGGAUUUCUUUCCUUCUGCCGCCUCUGGUCUGCUCAGAGAUUUCACAAUCUUCUUCUCCAAUGACCCUCGGGUUUUGCCAUCUUCUUCUGCAGGAGCCUUUGGGCAUUCGUCAUCCUCUGCUUCUGCUCUGGCAGCCUUUGUCUUUGCAAUCUUCGUACUGAGUAGCCUCCGCCUCCGUCUCUGCGAUCUCAUACAGAGUAACAUCAGGAUGAUUACAAACAAGAACACGAUGGCCUCAGCCUCUGCAAACCUGCUUAGCAGCCUCCGGGGUUUACAAUCUUGCUUGGUAGCUACUGGUAAGUUAGCCUACAUUUUCUUUUCUCUCUCGCCUUAUGGAAUGAUUAUAACCAAGAACGUUGGUGCUCGUCUGAUACGUAGCAUUAAGGUUCUUCUGACCACCCACAUAUCUUUAUCCCUUCAUGAUUGA